AUGACGAGGAAGAAUAGUCAGAGAGAAGCAACAUGGCUGGCUUUGGAGAUGGAGGAAGAUGCCAAAAAUGUGGCCAAAGCCUCCAGCACCACUGGCGACCUGGGUGCAGAGCUGGGGGAAGGGGGCGGAGAAGCAGGGCCCGGCCUUCACCUCCAGCGGACCCCCGCGGGAUCUACUCGGAGGGUGAGGUGGGGAGAGGGCACUGCGAGGCGGGAGAGGUCGAGACAGGCGGAGGGGGGCCUGGGGCGGGCCGGGGGAAGGGGCGUCACUGCUCGCUUUACGCCUCAAGAGCCCGCAGCAGAGGCGGCGGGGCUGAGCCGCGGAGGAGAUGGGGUUUGCAGCAGCCUCCGCAUUUCCCCUGGCAGCCCCAGCGCCACCGCCCCUCGCCCGGCCCCGGCGCGCGUUAGGCCGCGCACAGUGAGCGCGGGCGCCGGCCGGCUGCACCUCACCCGGGACUGGAGGGCAGGGCGCCGUGGGGCCGCGGCGGGGGUACUCCGCGAGCCAGGCGAGGCGGCCGCCGGCGCCCCGGAGCCGCUGUCCACUGCUGAAGCGCCGGCGGCCGCCGCUGCGCUGCCCGCCUGGAUGCGCCUCUAUUUCUACGGGAUGCACGGGAUCACCCUGGACGUGCUCGUGUCCUCGGUUCGGCGCUUCGCUAGCAGCCCGGACCUCCGGAUGCUGGGCUUCUCCUCGCCCUACCGCUGCCUGCUGCACUCGCUCACCCACUUAGCCCUGGAGAAGGUCUACCUGCAGCAGCGGCGCUGCCCCAGCGCCUUCCUCUUCAAUUUUCUCGUCUACCCCUCGGCCCACGUGGCGCUGCAGACCCUGGCGGGUCCGGCGCCGCUGCUCGGCCUGCGCAGCGGACCGGGGAGCCGCGCGGCGCCGGGGACACUGGACCUAGCGCUGCAGUACGUGCUGGCGCUCUACCACUGCCAUGUGUUCCUGAAGCGCUUCCUGCGCUUGCGGUACCGGCGGCAGCCAGAGCCGCAGCAGCACCAGCGGCACUGGCCCGGCGCGCCCCCCGCCCCUCUGGGCGCCCCGGCCCCUGCGGUUGCAGGUGGCCGGAGGCGACUACCCCGAGACUCUCGAGGCGUCGGAGGAGCCUCCAGUCACGGGCUGCCGGACCUACUCCGCUUUCUUUUCUUCGGAAUGCACGGCUUUUUGGAUGAGAUCUUCUUCACUUUCUUCUUUAACUUACUGGGGCAGGGAGACGGGGCCACCAGCGGCCACACGUCGCUCUGGUCCUUCUUUAUGUAUGGCAGCUGCAGUUUUGUGGUGGAAAAGCUCUACUUCCACCUGCACUACAGUCGUGGCUGGAACACUUGGAAGCGGGUGCCCAUCUACGUGAUCUUCAUCUAUGUGUGGGAGUUGUCCUGGGGUCUGGGACUGCGCACGUGCGGCGCUUGUUCCUGGGACUAUUCUCACUACCCGCUCAAUUUCAUGGGCCUCAUCACCCUGAUGUAUUUACCCGGUUGGAUAUUCCUUAGUGUGUACCAGGACCUCCUUUCCAACGUGUUGUGGCGGGUGCAGUACGUACCAACUAAAUAAGACCCCCCCCCCAAAAUCGCUGGAUUCCCACGAACCAAAUCGAUUUAUUUUUACACAUUUAAAACAGAGUGGGUAUUUUAGCCUUUUAAUUUUUAUACGUUUUACUAAAUUCUUCCAAUAUGUUUUAUUGGACCUUUUAGUUUUUAUGACACUUUGGGACCUAUGCAUAAUACAAUAUUUUGAAGUAUUACUCAAAACAUAAAGUACUUGUCAAUAUUUAAACCCCCUUAGGAGCUUAUAUAGCAAAACCGUUAGACCUUAACGUCAGAAGCUGUAGUAUAUUCACUUUUUGGGGCGUGGGUGGGUGAUAACUACUAAUCUUUUUUUUAAGUGAGGAGGUUAUUCAAAUCAGAAAUUCAUGAUCUCUACAAGAUUUGGUGAAAUCUUCUGAUUUAAUGAUUUGUUGACUUUCCUGUUUAAUCCAAGUUCAUUUUAAUUCCUUGCCGUAUUUAUUAAUCACUGCGGAAACUCAGUAUCUUGUAUGCCUAAAACUACAGUCAGACUACAGGCUCUUAAAGUGCCUCCCUCUAGUACAUAAGUGAAAAGAAACUGACAAAUGUGAAAACACAUCCUAAGGAUACAUUUUUAAACUCAGACAGGUGACACUGUGUUAAGAUAUUUGAUCUCCAUCCUGGAAAUCAUUGUUUUCCAAUGUGGAUUAGCCUUAAAUGCCCAGUGUGUUGACAUUGAUCAGAUCCUGUGUGUUAUCUAUGGCUGUAAAUUUUGUUGUAAAACGUCUACUUGUAUGCCCAAAGGCCAAGCAAAGUUGUACCACCCAAUAGUGUUCUAACCCUAUGGACUCUUUCUACAUGGAACUUCAAGAAUAGAAACGGUUCCUUGGAAUAAAAUGAACCUGAAUGUUCAUUAUACUUGCCUUUGGCCUAAUUGGUUUACCAUGAAUACAGAUAUGUGUUUUCAGCGUA